GGUCGCUCCUGCCCGGAGCGCGGAGCCCCGAGCGCGGAUACCGGAGCGCGGAUACCGGCGCCUGGAUACCGGAGCGGGGAGCUCCCAGCGCGGCCCACCAUGAACAGCAUCAAGAGCGUGCCGGCGCGGGUGCUGAGCCGCCGCGGCGGGCACAGCCUGGAGGCGGAGCGGGAGCAGUUCGACAAGAGCCAGGCCAUCAGCAUCAGCAAAGCCAUAAACACACAGGAAGCACCAGUGAAGGAGAAACAUGCCCGCCGGAUCAUCCUGGGGACACACCACGAGAAGGGAGCAUUCACCUUCUGGUCCUACGCCAUCGGGCUGCCCCUGCCCAGCAGUGCCAUCCUCAGCUGGAAGUUCUGCCACGUCCUGCACAAGGUCCUGCGCGACGGCCACCCCAACGUUCUCCAGGACUGCCAGAGGUACCGCAGCAACAUCCGAGAGACGGGGGACCUGUGGGGCCAUUUGCACGACAGGUACGGGCAGCUGGUGAGCAUCUACACACGGCUCCUGCUCACCAAGAUCUCCUUCCACGUCAAGCAUCCCGAGUUCCCCCCGGGCCUCGAAGUGUCGGAUGAGGUGCUGGAAAAGACUGCAGGGACGGAUGUGAACAACAUCUUCCAGCUGACGGUCGAGCUGUUUGACUACCUGGACUGUGAGCUGAAGCUGUCGGAGUCAGUUUUCAGGCAGCUCAACACCUCCAUGGCCGUGUCGCAGAUGUCGGCGGUGCAGUGCCGCCUGGCCCCCCUCAUCCAGGUCAUCCAGGACUGCAGCCACCUCUACCACUACUCCGUCAAGUUAAUGUUCAAGCUGCACUCCUGUCUGCCGGCCGACACCCUGCAGGGCCACCGGGACCGCUUCCACGAGCAGUUCCGCAGCCUUAAAAACUUCUUUAGGAAGGCAUCUGAGAUGCUGUAUUUCAAGCGGCUCAUCCAGAUCCCUCGGCUGCCGGAGAGCCCCCCAAACUUCCUGCGGGCGUCCGCGCUGGCCGAGCACGUGAAGCCGGUCGUUGUCAUCCCCGAGGAGGCCCCCGAGGAUGAGGAGCCAGAGAACCUCAUUGAGAUCAGCACAACUUCCACCACGGAGCCGCAGAUCACCUCGGAUCUGUUUGAGCAAACCUUCGGGCCGCCCAACGGCGUUUGGGAUGACAGGGAUGCUCAGAUCGAGAGCCUGAAGAAGGAGGUGGAAACGCUGCGUGCAGAGAUGGAGAAGAUUAAGCUGGAGGCACAGCGCUACAUCACCCAGCUCAAGGCACAGGUGAACAGCCUGGAGGGAGAAGUGGAGGAGCAGCGCAAGCAGAAGCAGAAGGCGCUGGUGGACAACGAGCAGCUGCGGGAUGAGCUGGAGAGGCUGCAGAGGGUGAAGCAGGACAGUGACAGGUCACAGCGGCUCUGCGCCGAGGCCGAGAAGAAAGCCAACGCCACUGAGAUCCGCUACACGAAGCUGAAGGAGAAGCACAGCGAGCUCAUCAACACCCACGCCGAGCUCCUGAGGAAGAACGCUGACACUGCCAAGCAGCUGACAGUGACACAGCAGAGCCAGGAGGAGGUGGCACGUGUCAAGGAGCAGCUGGCAUUUCAGGUGGAGCAGGUCAAGCGAGAGGCCGAGAUGAAGCUGGAGGACCAGAGCAUGCAGAUGGAGCAGCUGAGGCAGGAGCUGGACGCCCGUCGGGACGAGCUGGAGCAGGCGCAGCGCUCGCUCAGCCACGCCAAGCAGGCAGGUGUGGAGCUCAGUGCCCAGGUGGAUGCUCUGCACUCCGAGAAGGAGGUGCUGAGGCGGUCGGUGAGCGAGAAGGAGUGUGAGCUGCUGUCCACACGGGGCCUCAUCCAGGAGAAGGAGCUGCAGCUGAGCCAGGAGGCAGACAAGGCCACAAGGGAGAUCCGAGAGCUCCAGGGCAGGCUCCUGGAGAAGAGCAACCAGGAGCAGAGCCUGCAGCAGAAGCUGCUGGAUGAGCAGUUUGGAGUCCUGCAGGAGACAGUGAGAGAAGCCCAAGCCAUCCUCCGUGAUGCCAUGGCCAAGCUGGAUGACCCCCUGCACCUCCGCUGCACCAGCUCCCCAGAUUACCUGCUGAGCCGGGCGCAGGCGGCGCUGGAGUGCACGGAUGCCCUGGAGAAGGGGCACGCGCAGUACGUGGCCUCCAUGGCAGAUGCUGCGGGGCUGGUGGGGGCUCUGGCCCUCUUUGCACACCUGACAGGUGACACCAUCGUCAACGGCAGCGCCACCUCCCACCUGGCCCCCACGGACCACGCUGACCGGCUGACGGAGACGUGCCGGGAGUGCGGCCAGCGGAGCCUGGAGUACCUGGACCAGCUGAAGGACAGGCAGAGGCUGGGCAGUGCCGAGCUGGGGGGUGUGCGGGAGGCGCUGCGAGGGGUCCUGCAGCUGGCCCAGGAGCUGAGACCCAAGAGCCUGGACAUCAAGCAGGAGGAGCUGGGGGACAUGGUUGAGAAGGAGAUGGCCUCCACCUCUGAGGCCAUCGAGGAUGCUGUCAGGAGGAUAGAGGAGAUGAUGAGCCAGGCCAGGAACGAGAGCUCUGGGGUUAAGCUGGAAGUGAAUGAGCGGAUUCUGAACUCCUGCACAGAUCUAAUGAAGGCUAUCAGACUUCUUGUAACAACAUCUACGAACCUACAGAAGGAGAUAGUGGAAAGUGGCCGGGGGGCAGCAACAACUCAGGAGUUUUACGCCAAGAACUCGCGCUGGACCGAAGGGCUGAUCUCUGCCUCCAAGGCCGUGGGCUGGGGAGCCACACAGCUCGUGGAGUCUGCAGACAGGGUUGUCCUGCACACAGGGAAGUACGAGGAGCUGAUCGUCUGCUCCCACGAAAUCGCUGCCAGCACAGCCCAGCUGGUGGCUGCCUCCAAGGUGAAGGCUGAGAAGAGCAGCAGGAACCUGGCCAGGCUCCAGGAGUGCUCGCGCAACGUCAACGAGAUGGCAGCAAACGUGGUGGCUUCCACCAAGUCAGGGCAAGAGCAGAUAGAGGAGAAAGACACCAUGGACUUCUCGGGCAUGUCCCUCAUCAAGCUGAAGAAGGAAGAGAUGGAAACACAGGUGAAGGUGCUGGAGCUGGAGAAGCGGCUGGAGGGCGAGCGGGUCCGUCUGGGCGAGCUGAGGAAGCAGCACUACGUCCUGGCCGGGGGCUGCGAGGACGCGCCGGAGGACGGGGAGGCCAGGCCGGCGCCGGCGCCGCGACGAGGGAUCCUGAAGAAACCCCCCAUUGCCCAGAAACCCGGCCUGGGGGAGCCCUAGCGAGCCCCCGGCCCCACGCUCCGCGUUGCCUUCGCGCUGCUGUGCCUUCACGCGCGGGGUCUCCUCAGCGCCCGGCCUGGAAACAAUCCCAAACUGGAUGUUUUCUUGAGGAACAGAUUUUAUUUUUUGUUUUCCUUUUUUCUGAACUGUAGAGUGGCGGGGCUCCUGCGCUCCCCGGGCACCGCUGAGUGCUCUGCUCCUCAUCCUCCUUCUCCUCUUCCUCUUCUUCUCUUCCUUCUUCUUCUUCUCUUCCUUCUUCUUCUCUUCCUCCUCUUUUUCCUCCUCCUCCUCGCCUGCCAACCGGUUCUUCCUGUUUAAUUUAAUUUGGGGUUCAUUUGGGUUAAUUUUUAUUUUUUUUUAAGGACUUUAUCAGCACUAGAAGUUUUCAGUAAAUGUAGCUCUACUGUACUGCUCAGACCCUUUCCAAGAACUGUGAACUGGUUUUACAGUAGGAAACUGGUGGACUUUUCUUGAAACCAUUUUUUUUAAUUCCCCUUUUUCCAGCCUGAGGAAUAUUUGACUUCAUUUUGGCGUGGGAUCAGCCCUCAGCAGGAAGGGAAAUGUUUGCCUUCCCCAACAUGUGGAGCAGGGCUUUUGUUAGGGAAAAGCAGUUACCACAAACUGGCAAUAAGGAUACAAACGUUUUUAUUUUUUUUUCCCUUUUCUAUUUUUUAUUACUACAGCAAUGUCAAGGGAUCAGUUGCAUUAUGUUUUAUAUUUAAGAUAAUUAGCAGAAUUAAAUCUAACUGUGGCCUACGGGAGCCAGGGACUAGAGAAGUCUGCAGCAGUAAGGAAUUGCUGAUGUGGAGAGAUGCGGGGGCAGAAUCAAAAUCCUGUCAGCUGUGUCUUCCCUUGGAGCAACUACCAGGAUGUAGAUUAUUAAAGGAGCAAUAUUUAAAAUA